AUGCUGCUUCUGCGCUCCGCUCCCGUGGGGUCCUACGUACACACUGGCGACUUCAGCUGCACCGGAAGCAAUUUGCAGCCGCUUUUGCGGCAAGUGCAGCAGGGGCUACGGCUGCUGCAGCAGCUAGAAGAUCCCGUAGCAGCAACAGCAGCUGCUGCAGCUGCUUCGGAUGAUUCCGUAUCGGGUGCUAGAGAGCGUUCAGGAAACGUCGGGUUUGCUUGGACCCCUGAGAGAGUUGUCGCACAGCAGGAGGAGACCCAUGCAGACGUGCUGUACUUUGACAGCGCUUACCUGCACCCCCGUUUCUCCUUUCUUUCUAAGGAAGACGCUGUUGCCGAAAUGUGCCAACAGGUGGAGGUCACUAUUGAGGGCGUCUUUCAGAUUCUUCGAACGCGACCUGUAAAGCGCCUCCUUCGGGGCCAUCGAAGCCGUAGUCUGCAUGUUGUUGUGGGCGUAGACAAUUUGGGGAAGGAAUAUCUUUUGCAGCAGCUCGGAGAGGCUCUUAGGCCCCCCAUAGGACUUUCUGAGGCCCACUAUGACUCCGCUGCAGCUGUUGCUGCUGUUGCUGCUCAGGCUAAUGACAGCUGCGCAUACAGCAUUGAGGCCUUUACAGUUGGCCUUUAUUGUCCAGUAAUUGGAGCAGUCAUGAGUUGGAUACUUACUUCCACAGGCUGGGGAAGCAGUAGUGACAACAGUACUGCUCCCAGAGAAAUGCCUGCAUGCGGCUGCCCAUGGUCUAAUGAGUCACGGAGCGCAGCUCGGCCAGGUCAUCCACAGGAGCAGCCCUGGCAUCAAGCGAGCCGAGAAGAAAGGGAAAUGUUGGUUGGCUUGUCUGGUGAAGCUAGCCGUGCUGCCGUGUCUUUGUUCGCGGUGCCUCGGCGGAUGCUACUGAAAGUGGUUAGUGCCCUCGAGGCAUCAGGACUACCUGCAUUGGGGCUGCUUCCAUCCGGGCCAAGCUUAGAAAAAGGAAUUCACGAAGGGGAGCUUGCCGCCAGUAGCAGUAACAACGACAGCAAUAGCAGCUGCAGCAGCAGCAGCAACUGUGUUGAUGGACAUCAGAACUACAGAGGAAUUUCACAAGUCGUCGCGAGGACAAGAAAGCUGCCACAGAGAGGGAACCCUAAUAGCAGCAUGCAGACCAACUACCUGGGCACACCUAUCACACUGCUGUUAGAUAGGAUCAGGGCUGAAGAAGUGAUCUUAGCUGUAGGGGUUGAGGACUCUGAGGCGUUGAACACCAUUAAUAGCAACGCAGAACUAGCUGCAUUGGUUGGGUGCUCUGAGGCGUUGAACACCAUUAAUAGCAACGCAGAACUAGCUGCAUUGGUUCGGUGCACCUCUCCGUCAGUUGUUGCCUCAGUAGCUCGCGGCCCCGUAGCAAGAUCAAAGGCUUCAAGUGUCUGUGGAGCCUUCAAUUAUGAUGGAAGAGAGGGUUUGGCCGCCUUCGUUGAAGCUACAGAGGUCCCUACAGUGGUACUAGGCAGCGGUCGGCGAUAUUUUUGCCCCCAUGGAUGCCCACGCAGGUGUCUACGAGGCCCCUGCGCAUGUAUGUGCGGCAAUCGCAACAGCACCGUUCAAUGCUCAGCGGAGGAUUCACGGCGCACGGAGCUAAAGGCCUAUGGCUCACCGAGAGUUCUACCCGACAGCAGGGAACCCGGCGUUCAACCGCAGGCCCAAAUAACUCCUGAGCUAGUAAGGGGGACUGCGGAUGAAACGUCAGUGCUGCCUUUCAGGAAAGUCAGUAGAACUGUUACACGUCUGCGCUUCGUAUCUAGAGCUGAAGCGCCAUGA